AUGCUGAUUCAGUGGGAAUGUUACAAGGUAAUUGUAAUACGUCCGCUGCUCGGAUAUUGACAAUAAUUGUGUAAUGCUCUAGCCUGCUGGGAAUACAUGGUGGAGGUUUUGUUUCCUUGGCAGAGGUUGGGGGGUGGCAGCCCCCUGCAAUGGAAAGUUAUUUUCACUGUGGGUUAUAUUGUUAGUGUUAUUUAACCCUGCAUUUUCCAUGGAACCUUUCAUGCCCUCCCCUGCUAUCGGGGCCAAGUUUGUCACUAAUGGGGUGUUUCCACGCAAUAAAUCUUACAUAUUUGCAUUAUAUAGAGUGAGAGGAAUCCAACGAUACCAAAAUCGUCGAUAUCGGAGUGGCGGACGUGAUGUUGAAAAUUACCAUCGAGCUAAUUCCUUUGUUUAUUUGGUAAUUUUCUAGAAUGCGUCCGCCAAACAGAUCGCGACGAUUUCAGUAUCGUUGGAUUCCUCUCCCUGUCUAGUUUCCAAAUAAAGAAUUUAUUGCAUGAUAGCUUCCCCCCCCACAUUCUUGUCCUAAUAGCUGGGGAGGGCAUAUACUGAUUCGGUGUGACAUCACGAGUAGGAGUCACCGUUCCACUUGGUGAAAAUAAACCUGUCGCUCGCAGAUACCUUGCUAUCAGCCAAAGCAAAAAUGGCAUAUGCAUACUUUGAUUCUUCAAAAACCAAAGCGAAAAAGUGAUAUGAAGUAAAACUAGAAAUUGUGCAGCUAAAAGAGUGCCCAUACCAUUCACCUGCUGAAAUUUGGAUUGAGGAUUCUUCGAAAUGGCCUAAUAUAGAAUAUCCUGCCAUCUACGACUAUUUCACCAACACACCAUACACAAAGACAAUAGGCAACUGUAUGCCUGCUUUGUUUUCAUGUACACCAUGCACUUAUUUACUGAGCAUCCUGGGCAUCAUCUUAAGAGGAAUAUGAAGCUGGAUGUGCCUUUGUAAGAUGGAUGCCUUUCAUAGUAUGUUUUCUUUUAGAUCCAUAUCAAAUGCCCCACCUGAAGUGGACACAAGUGUCAGUACUGAAAGAGAAAAGGCAAAUGCUGGAAAACAUCUAAAGAUUACAGCUACAAGCACCCGACAGCCGGUCAUUGCAAAAGCAGUGGUCACCGAGGUUAGACUGGAAUCCCCUACAGUAAGAGGCAUAACCCUUCAAGUUGAUAAUCCAGAUUUCAGCUUUAAGGCUGGUCAGUGGAUUGACAUGUUUAUCCCAGGCAUGGAAGCAGUUGGUGGGUUUUCCAUAUAUUCAUCUCCAAACCAACUUUCUGAAAAUAGAACCCUAGACCUAGGCAUCAAGUUUUCAAAGUGGCCACCUGCAUUUUGGAUCCAUGAUCAG